GGCGGCUCCAGCUGCCCCCAGAUGUGGGCUGGGCGGCGCGCGGGGAACUUUCGCGCCGGCUGCGAGUGCGGGGCCCCGGCUGCGGUCGGGCUGCCAUGGAUCCGCCGGCGGGAGCCGCUCGCCGCCUGCUCUGCCCCGCUCUACUGCUGCUGCUGCUGCCGCCGCCGCCUCUCCUGCUGCUGCCGCCGCCGCCCGCGAGCGCCCGGCUCGUCGCCGCCACCGAGCCCCCAGGCGGGCCCCCGGGGCACGGAGCCGAGCGCAUCCUGGCGGUGCCGGUGCGCACUGACGCCCAGGGCCGCUUGGUGUCCCACGUGGUGUCUUUGGAGACGGCCGGGGCGGGGGUACGAGCCCGCAGAGCUGCCCCGGACCAGACCUCGGGCUUGCCCGGAGACGCUGCGCAGGACCCUGGAGGACGCCUCUUCUACAAUAUCACAGUAUUCGGACGAGACCUGCACCUGCGGCUGCGGCCCAACGCUCGGCUCGUGGCUCCGGGGGCCACCGUGGAGUGGCAGGGUGAGACGGGUGACACCCGAGUGGAGCCCCUGCUUGGGACCUGUCUCUACGUUGGAGACGUGGCAGACUUACCUAAAGCCUCCUCGGUGGCUCUCAGUAACUGUGAUGGGCUGGCUGGUCUGAUUCGGAUGGAAGAGGAGGAGUUCUUCAUUGAGCCUCUGGAGAAGGGGCAGGUGGAUCAAGAGGCUGAACAAGGCCGAGUUCAUGUGGUAUAUCGCCGACCGCCCACUCCCAAGCCCCCUCCUGUGGGCGGACCACAGGCUCUGGACACAGGAGCCUCCCAGGGCAACCUGGAUAACCUCAGCAGAGCCCUGGGUGUCCUGGAGGAGCGUAUCAACAGCUCACGGCGGAGGGUGCGCAGGCAUGCCACGGACGAUGACUACAACAUUGAGGUUCUGCUGGGCGUGGAUGACUCGGUGGUCCAGUUCCAUGGGAAGGAGCACGUGCAGAAGUACCUGCUGACACUCAUGAACAUUGUCAACGAAAUUUACCAUGAUGAGUCAUUGGGGGCCCACAUCAAUGUCGUCCUGGUGAGGAUUAUCCUGCUGAGCCACGCAAAGUCCAUGAGCCUCAUUGAGAUUGGAAACCCCUCUCAGAGUCUGGAGAAUGUCUGCCGAUGGGCCUACCUCCAGCAGAAGCCGGACACAGACCACGACGAGUACCACGACCAUGCCAUCUUCCUCACACGGCAGGACUUUGGGCCCUCGGGCAUGCAAGGCUAUGCUCCCGUCACUGGGAUGUGCCACCCCGUCCGCAGCUGCACCCUGAACCAUGAGGAUGGCUUCUCCUCGGCAUUUGUGGUGGCUCAUGAGACGGGCCAUGUGCUGGGCAUGGAGCAUGAUGGGCAAGGCAACCGCUGUGGUGAUGAGGUACGGCUGGGCAGCAUCAUGGCACCCCUGGUACAGGCUGCCUUCCAUCGAUUCCACUGGUCCCGCUGCAGCCAGCAGGAGCUCGGCCGCUACCUGCAUUCCUAUGACUGCCUGCGGGAUGAUCCCUUCGCCCAUGACUGGCCGGCAUUGCCUCAACUCCCAGGGCUGCACUAUUCCAUGAACGAGCAGUGCCGCUUCGACUUUGGCCUGGGUUACAUGAUGUGCACGGCGUUCCGGACCUUUGACCCCUGCAAACAGCUAUGGUGCAGCCACCCAGACAACCCCUACUUUUGCAAGACCAAGAAGGGUCCUCCACUGGACGGGACUAUGUGUGCACCUGGCAAGCAUUGCUUCAAAGGCCACUGCAUCUGGCUGACACCUGAUAUCCUCAAGCGAGAUGGCAACUGGGGUGCCUGGACUCCGUUUGGCUCCUGUUCACGCACCUGUGGCACAGGCGUGAGGUUCAGGACCCGCCAGUGUGACAACCCACAUCCAGCCAACGGGGGCCGCACCUGCUCGGGCCUGGCCUAUGACUUCCAGCUCUGCAACCCCCAGGACUGUCCCAAUUCCCUGGCUGACUUCCGGGAGGAACAGUGUCGGCAGUGGGACCUGUACUUUGAGCACGGCGAUGCCCAGCACCACUGGCUGCCCCAUGAGCACAGGGAUGCCAAGGAGAGAUGCCACCUCUACUGUGAGUCCAAGGAGACAGGGGAGGUAGUAUCCAUGAAGCGCAUGGUGCACGAUGGGACACGCUGCUCCUACAAGGACGCCUUCAGCCUCUGUGUGCGUGGGGACUGCAGGAAAGUGGGCUGUGAUGGGGUGAUUGGCUCCCGCAAGCAGGAGGACAAGUGUGGUGUGUGUGGAGGUGACAACACCCACUGUAAAGUGGUGAAGGGCACCUUCACGAGAUCACCCAGGAAACAGGAUUAUAUCAAGAUGUUUGAGAUCCCUGCGGGAGCCAGACACCUGCUCAUCCAGGAGGCUGACACCACCAGCCACCAUCUGUCUGUCAAGAACCUGGAGACAGGCAAGUUCAUCUUAAAUGAAGAGAACCACUUGGACCCCAACUCUAGAUCCUUCAUUGCCAUGGGUGUGGAGUGGGAGUACAGGAAUGAGGAUGAGAGGGAGACGCUGCAGACCAUAGGCCCACUCCACGGAACCAUCACCGUGCUGGUUAUUCCCGAAGGAGAUACUCGGAUCUCACUGACAUACAAAUACAUGAUCCAUGAGGACUCCCUCAACGUUGAUGACAACAAUGUCCUGGAAGAUGACUCUGUGCGCCACGAGUGGGCCCUGAAGAAGUGGUCUCCCUGCUCCAAGCCCUGCGGUGGAGGGUCCCAGUUCACUAAGUAUGGCUGCCGCCGGAGGCUGGACAGCAAGAUGGUGCACCGAGCUUUCUGCAGUGCCCUCGCCAAGCCCAAAGCCAUCCGCCGAGCUUGCAACCCUCAGGAGUGCUCCCAGCCUGUGUGGGUCACUGGUGAAUGGGAGCCUUGUACUCAGAGCUGUGGGCGAACUGGCAUGCAGGUACGCUCUGUCCGUUGUAUUCAACCUCUGCACAACAACACCACCCGCUCCGUGCACACCAAACAUUGCAACGACAACCGUCCUGAGAGCCGCCGGGCCUGCAACCGUGAGCUCUGCCCUGGGCGGUGGCGGGCUGGGUCCUGGUCCCAGUGUUCGGUAACCUGUGGCAACGGCACCCAGGAACGGCCAGUGCUCUGCCGCACUGCAGAUGAUAAUUUUGGUGUCUGCCGGGAGGAGCGGCCCGAGACGGCAAGGAUCUGCAGGCUUGCACCCUGUCCCCGAAACAGCUCAGAUCCUUCCAAGAAGAGCUACGUGGUUCAGUGGCUGUCCCGGCCUGAUCCUGAUUCGCCUAUCCAGAAGAUCUCGUCAAAGGACCAGUGCCAAGGCGACAAGUCAAUGUUCUGUAGGAUGGAGGUCUUGUCUCGCUAUUGCUCCAUCCCCAGCUACAACAAACUCUGCUGCAAGUCCUGCAACCCGCCCAGAAACCUCAGCAGCACAGAGGACGGAGGUGUGGAACCUCCACCCGGGAAGCACAAUGACAUCGAUGUGUUUAUGCCCACGCUCCCAGGGCCCACUGUAGCUACACAGGUGCAGCCUUCUCCAGGGCCUCCUUUGGAGGUCCCCCUCAAUGUUUCCAGCACUAACACCACUGAAGACCACCCAGAAACCAAUGCUGUGGAUGUCCCCUACAAAAUCCAUGGUGUGGACGAAGAGGUCCAGUCUCCCAACCUGAUCCCUCGACGGCCAAGCCCGUAUGUAAAGACAAGGAACCAAAGAAUCCAGGAGCUCAUUAAUGCAGUGCAGAGAAAAGAGAAGCCGGGAAAGUUCUAAUAAAAUAGAAAGAUUCGCAUCAACAGCUUUUCCCCUUGCUUAUGGAUAUAUUCCCUGGGAUAGCAAAUCCUGUGUUGUGGAAAAUGAAGUCAAAAACCCUGCUUUCAGGAAGGUGUGGAAAGCAUGGAAAUAGCACAAAAGCAUAUAUUGGGGUGGGAGGGGCCAUGUGACAAUCAGCCUAACAGUGUAUUUUCCAGGCUAGGGAUGACCUAACUCUUGCAGAGAUCUUAAGUGGAAAGUGAACAGGAAUAUUCAAGUUCCCUAGUUUCUUAUCAGUGAUGGGAGACCAAGGGGGAUGACUCCCAGAAAGAAAAGUUUUGCUCCAACUUACUAAGCAGUGGUUGAGAACCUUCCUUUCCUUGAUCAUGACCAGUCCCCAGACAACAGGAUGAGACCACUGGGGACUCCUAAGUGACAUAGUGUUUUAUUUAUAGAUCAAUUGCCAGGUUGAAUACAAGGAAGUGGAGGUCAUGAGUCAAAACAACCUGAGGGCCAGGCAGAUGAUGGGAUAGGUGCAGUAACCAGUAGUACAGGGCUCUGACCAAUCAGAGAAGAACACCCAUCUAGAGCUGCUGGUGGGUUUUGGCCAUAGGUGCCAGUGUGAUGGAUGUCUUCCCUACCAGCCUGGCCUUGUCAUAGGUUGCACUUCCAGAUAUCUGUGUUUCCUGUACACUUAAAAUCCUUUAAGUGGUGAGGGUGAGGUGACCUGGGAAUUUCAGGUUUAGCUCCACCUGGCUCCAACCACUGGUUUACAUUUUAAUUAUUAACUAAUUGGUGCAAUUUCAAAAUCUGGUGCUCAAAAAGUGUGCAGUGUUUUGAUCUCAGCUGAGUAGGGGCUGUGCAUCUAUCUAAUUCUUUCCAGGAAAUUGAUGAGACUCCUAUAAUGGGGGGUUUGAGGGCAGUUCUGAACAGGAGCCAUUGGGUCAAAGGCAGCAAGGACCACCUCGCUCCUCCCCACCUCACCCCGGCCUUACUUGCUGCCCUCCACCCCCCAGGCUGUGGUAGAAGAGCCAGUAUUCUUCUCUGGCUAGCCUGGGCUAAAGGACCCAGAUGGAAGCAUUUACUCUGCUGGGAUGACUCGACAUGUGGUCCAAGAAUCAGGACUCUCUCUUUCCUAGAGUCCCAGUACUGCCACCAUGGUGGUGAAGUGCCAGCCUGUGAGGCCUCAGGUUCAGAGGAUGGAUUUGCCUAUGGUUUGACCUUGGCCCUGCCCACCUCCAGUCUUUAGAUGUUCUAGCACCUGGCAAUAUGGUCUGCAAUCUGAGGUAUAGGGUGGGAGGUGGGAGCCCCACUUUACUUUUUUCAUUAGAUGCUUAGAUGACUUUUGUUUGGGGUAAAAUGGUGUUCCGUGAGCCUGAAGUAAACGGAAGGAAAAUGGAAGGGGGUGGAUGGGAGACUGGAGGGUGGUGAGCAUCACCUCUGAUUUGCUGGCAUUUUGUGAUCAUGUUACUCCAGUGCCCCCACAUGGUAAGACCUAAGGGCAUGUUAGUACCCUAGCUGGGCCCAGCCUGGCCAGAAUUCUGAGGCUCCUCUGUGUUCUUAUCAACUGUAGACCUAAGAUUCUUCUUCCUUACUGACAGCCAUCAGCCUUUCACAGAAUUAAGGAUGCUGAGACUUGGGUUGUUGCCAUUGUGGCUGCUCCUCUGUUGAGUUUCAAGGUGCUCUGCAUGCUUGUGUGAAUCUGCAUGUGUGUGUAGGGGGGGAGGUGUCUGUGUGAAUGGGGUAUAGAAAGAAGUCAGAGCAUAGAGACCAGUAGGACCAAUGUUUAAGAUGGUGCUUAAUCUUCCUCCCAGAAGGUAGCCAGACACCUCCUACCAUCCAUUCCUCUGCCCUGACUUCCCACACAAACUCCUAUACUGUUCCAACUCCCAAAGAAUCAAACUGAAAAAUAUCCUUUGACUAGCUCUCCUGGUAUGUGAUUGAAAACAGUUCUGUUCUCCUGCCUCCUUGUAAGCUGGGAAUGAUCCCAUGGCUGGCCCUCAUUUGUUGAAUCUAGGUCACCUGGAUUUACUCCUAGGCUGAAGAACUGAGUACUUCCUGUUUGAGUCUGUAGUGGAAUGUAGAGGAAUGUUCUAGACUAGUACUAGUUAGGAUGACUGAGUUUACCCAUUCUAAGGGAUGUGGGAUAGUAACACUCCAUUGUCAGAUCCCAGCAAAUCACAGGAUCCCCACAUGGGACAAGACAGAGCAAGACAGAGCCUCGAGGGAGAUGACUUCCUUGGUGCCUUGGGCCAUGGACCGCUAGGCCUCUCCAGAGCUAGAGGUUCUCAUACACCUCUGGCUAAGGAACAGUGUCCACUGAGCUCAGAGAAGCUAUCCAUGCCUGAGCAUGGGAUCGUUAGGAGGGUGCUUAGAAACAACCCUAAGCUUUUCAAGAGGCUCCGAUUUCUGAGGCGUUCCUGUAGCCCCAGAGGCAGGUAGGUGUCUUCUAUAAGUUUCCAGCACUAUGCUGUCACCCAGACUGUCCUGCAUCACCCAGAAAAAUCCGAGGCACCUGGGAGUUGUUUUUCAUUCCUAGGAAGAUCAGGCCGCGUUUGAAGAAGCUCCUUGGGAAACCCCAUGGGAUCCUGUAUAUAAGCUUCACAUAUGUAUUUUAAACGUUUUCUUUUUUUUGGUCUGUUUUAAGUAUAUAAAUGGUGCUCAAUACCAAUGUUGGUCUGAGGUAACAUUCUGACUCUAUUUACUCCUGUGUGACAGGUGGCCGCCAAAUGGAGCCAAACACGGUGCUCAACUUAAAUCACAAAAUUUUAUCUGACAACAGCCAUCGAUGCGGUUUUUUUUGUUCUGUAUAGCAAAAAUUGACUCCUUACUUUCAUAACUUAUUAAAGCAUCUGUGGUUUUGCAAAUCA